AUGACGAAGCAGGUGGGGAAAGGAAUGGCAUUGGAAACAAGCAUAUUCAAACUGGACUCUCCUUCUUCUAGCAUGCUUGACCUCUGCAUGGCGCCCGGUGGGUUUACUGCGACGGCCGCAAAGGAACUUCCAAGACCACUUAUCGAUGCUGUUACCCUCCCAACCAAAACUGGUGGCUACGAAGUAUUGGCCAAGAAUAUUUGCCAAAACAUCAUAUAUGCGGACAUCACAAUGUAUCCCACGGAAAUGGCUUGCCAGGAAGACAUUCCGACGGCACAUCCUGAUUCCAGCAUUUUCGAACUAUGUCAGCCGUUCCUUUACAACCGAUACGAUAUAGCAAUCUGCGGAGGAGCUGUAGGUAGAGAUCACCCCAGAGGAAAUUACCGCAGCAACUGUGAGGCUCAGCGUUUGAUGGUCUCACAGCUAGUAUUCGCAAUGCAUCGUCUCAAGCCCGGGGGCUCCAUUGUCCUACUUCUCCACCGUGUCGAGUCUUGGGAGACAGUAUGCAUACUUCACGCUUUCAAUCAGUUUUCUGAUAUUCAACUUUAUAAACACCCCAAGGCACAUGCUAUCAAAUCAUCUUUUUAUCUUGUUGCAAAAAAAGUGAACUUGGAGCACCAUGCUGCCGGAGAAUCCAUGAAAUAUUGGAAAAGUCUCUGGAAAUACCUGACUUUCAGAGAAUUUGAAGAAGUUCCAUUCGCCCGGUCAAAUCUGUAUAGGUCCGAUGAUGCGUUCGUGGAAACAAUGCGAGAUAGUUUCGGCCCUCAAUUUCUCAGAUUAGCGGAACCUAUCUGGAAAGUCCAGGCAGAAGCGCUUCGCAAUGCCCCUUUUAUGCGACAUGCUUAA